CCCUUAACAUUAAAAAUAUAAGUGGGCCAUCCAUUUUCGCAUUUAUUGCUUUGCAUUAAAAAAAAUAGUAUUGUUUUAAAAUCUGAAAAUGUCUCAAGGCAUUACGUUACUUAUUGGCAUAUAAAAUGGAAGGUAUUGUUGCCGAAGACAAAUAUCAAAAACUUGCUAGCGAGUAUGCGAAGCUUCGAGCACAAGCUUCGGUGCUUAGGAAGGGUCUAUUAGAGGAACAAAUAAAAAGCUCGAACCUUAGAGACCAAUUGAAACAAAAGGAAACUGAAGCCAGGCGAAGUGAACAAGAAAUCGAUUCCUUGGGAUUUCGCAAUAAACAGUUGGAAUUGCGAGUUGCAGCAUUGCAAGAAGAACUUGCAACAAGUGAAGCCCGCAAGAAAGAUAAAAAGCGGCACCUCACAGAAAAAAAUGAGACACAACAAAUAAACGUUCCAGGUGUUGCUAACGCGGAUAUGAGCCAAGAUGCAUUGAUUUUUGAAGAACUGCAGAAAAAGAUUAUUGAAAACGCUGAGUUGACCUCAAUGAUCGACGAUAAGGAAAGAAGUCUCCAAUUGCAUGCUGAACAUAUUAAGAACAUUGAAGAGACUAUGGAGAAGCGCAAUGUGGAGCACGCUGAGAAUGAGAAACGAUUAAGGAAAGACAUGGAAAUGCUACAAUGCCGAAAUCAAGAAUUGGAAACCAAACUUGUUGAAGCUGCCAGCAUGCUGGGUAGUGAAGAUGCUCUAAGCGCUUCGGGAAGCGAAAACACACCUUUGCAUAAUCAUCAAAAUUCUCAUCAGGUGAAUGUUGAAAGUCGUAUUCAAAGUUUAGAACAAGAAGUAGCUCAUUGGCGGUCUCAAUAUGAGUUGAGUAAACUUUAUGCCGAUUCGAUCCAUACAAAUGACACAAAGUCAAAUGCUAGUAAGGAAAGCAAAAUAAAUUCCUCUUGUAGCAGUACGAUAACAGCGGCCGGUCUGACUGUUAUCCCAUCAUUCUCAGAUGGAAAAAGCAAACGAGAUUCUGGGAAGGAAAAUCAAACAAUACCAUGUAGCAAAGAGUUAUUAAUAUUUAAUAACUUAAGUAAGAAAUUGGAACAACUAUUGAAAGAUAGGGCAAUGGCUGAAUCCAAGGUGAGUAGCAUGGAAACCGAAGUGGAUCAUUUACAAGGCUGCCUUGAGAAUGCUACCCAAGAACUGAAAAACAAAGAUGAACAGAUUGAAAGUAUUAAUCAAGCACUGCAUUUACUGGAAGAAGAUUUGACUACCACCAGAGUUAAUUAUGACGAGCAAAUAAGUGUUCUUACGGAGCAGGUGAUAAGUUUGAGCGAACAAUUGGCUGCAAGUAAAUAACUGUGUGCAUACAUUUCUGGCGAUUAUUCCGGGAAAAAUGUACAUGUGUUUAUGUAAUAUGCUUCUUUUAUUUUGCCUAGUCUUUGACUGCGGCUAUUGUGUAAUUAUAAACUAUUAAAUCCUUUGUAUAUACUAAAUAAUGUAAAACUACAGAA